AUGGACGUGCCCGCAAUUUUCCAAGUAAGUUCCCGAAUCGACUCGCUUUUACUGUGAUUUCUCAGGAUUGCACGGAUCGAUAUAAUGAAGCAGAUCGAAUAUUCUCUCACUGUGACAUCAAAGGAGACGCCUGCGCCAUGCUCCAAGUAAUUCUCAAUUUUCUUCCCAGAAGUUUUUUCAAUUUAAGAAACAAACCGAGUUCAUAUUUUCCUUUUGAAAACCACAGGCUGUACUAAAUUUGUUAAGUGAGGUUUUGCGGCAAGUUCAGAUAUUUGUUAGGAGGCUGGUGUACUUACUGGAAAGCUCAUCUUGAGCGUAGGCUUUUUUUAAUCUUCGUUGUGUGAUGAUGAAAAACGUAUCAAAUUUUAUAAAUAACUCUGAUUAAGAGAUAACAUCGGAUUUGACUCGAAGUGUAGUAAAAUAAAGCAGUUGAGAGAUACCACGUAGCGCAGUCCCUGCAGCUGUGGAUGCUGGCCAUCGUCCCGUUAUUGUUCUCUUCAGCUUCUCUGUUGCUCAACGUCUACUCCCUCGACGCCUACAUAAGAAUUUACCGGAGGAGCGAUGAAAUGUGCUCUCUUUCUCAAAUCGGCAAGCAAGUGACAACUUCAGGGGCAAACAACGCUACAUUCUCGCAAUAAGCCGCGCGGUUGCUUCCAUCACUUCAGUCAUCUCUCUGUACGUGUUGACCGGUCUCAUCCUCAGCGCCCAUUUCAGUUUUUUAUCUCUGUCGUUGUUCAUUUUUUUCGAGCAAAUGAGCUUUUUCGCUUUUAUUGGUGAGUUCAGGCUGAAUUUUCACUUUAGUUGUGAAGAUCCAUUUGUACUCUCAUGGGGCCUGAAGACUUGGAAGCAAAAUGACGUGAUUUCGAGGAACCUACGUGGCGAUGACGGGAUCUCUCUACCUGGCGGUCGCUCAUCCGUUCCACCACAGAUCUCUGGUCACUCUCCGACGUUGCUACAUCUUUUUGAUGCUCGUCUGGAGUCUCUCCAUCAUCAAUGCCGUUUGCUUUUCCUCUACGCGAUGAACUUAUCCUGAACUCUCAGGCGAUCUUGGGAGUUUUGGAAGCGACGCUCUUCUUCCCAUUCAACUCGCCCAUCAACUGCAGCUAUCAAGACUGCGAGCUUCCGGUCAUGAUCUACAUCGGUGAGUCGCACCUCCAGUUCUAGAAACUGUUUUUAAGGAUUCAGUAAUUUCGCUGACAUUUUCUUUCUUUAUCAAUUGCCUCCUUCUUCUCCUCACUAUUUUCGCGCUUUUGAAAAGAAGCCGUGAAGCCAUUAAGGUUUUCUUUUCUUUCAUUUUGAUUAGAUAAUUUGAAAUCGAGCUAUUUUAUUACAGAGAGGGGACAAAAACUCCCAAAACGGCAGUGCUGUGAGCAAGCUCGCAUGGUCUCUUGGAACUUUAACAUUUAUGGGCAUUUCUGAAGUCAUCAUCUCUUUGUUCCUUACCAUUUACACGGGAAGAAUCAAAGAAUACGGUAUACUAAAGCCCUCGAUCCCUUUUUGGCAACAUCAGCGUUUUUUUUUUUUCAGAGAAGACGUUUACUGUGUGUACUUUGCUGAAUGGCAGUGACGACCUCGUCGUCGUCACUUCGAUUUCUUCGUUUUUGACAGUUCUUUGGUGAGAGAGGUAUCUUCCCUUGGGACUAACGGAGCUUCAGGGUUACGAGUGUGUUGGCGGACCCCAUUUUGAGUAUUCUUUUUGACCAGCAACUAUCAAGACAUGUUCAAAGACAAGUUGGAACCUGGCAAGAAAUCCUCAAGCUUUUUCUUUUUAGAUAAAGUGGCUGCACAACACCAUUUUCGUUGGACACGCCGUUCUCACGCCAACCCUUGCCACUGAUCAGAAAAUUUAG